ACCUCCAAAAACAGAUUUAAUUCAAUACAUAUUUACAUAUUUACAAAAGAAAUGGUCUUAGUAGAACACACAGCAUAGCAUGCUACAGCAAGUAUGCUAAUUAGUUUACUUUCACCCCCUCUCGCGGACAUCACGAGUGCUGCAUGCUGUUCACCAGGUGGCCGCUUUCCGCAUCAUGCUGACGUCACUACCCGGAAGUGUGAGGUUUUUGUUUUGUUUUGGUGCUUGACUUUUUAGUUGGACUAGCAGGCUGACAUGCGGCGGGUCGGGACAGGGACGAGGACCAGAACCAAAGCCGAACAUUGAAUAAAUGGGGCAAGACCGACCGGUGAUGGAAGAUGACGCUUCAAUACAUGACACAUGCAAAAGGCCGACUUUCACCGACGACAAGGUGAAAGCUUUCAGCGACCUGCCGACAGGAAGCAGCAAAGUUGAGGUGUCGCUGCGAAAUCUGGACCGAAGACGUGCCAGCAGAGGAAAGUUAUCUCAUGACGAGGAACAAAAGAAAGAAGAAGAACAAGACAGCGAUGCGGAGGACAACAACAAUAACAACUGCAACGGGGCGCCCAGGGGGGCGGGCAUUGUGGAGCUUCUCAGGGGGAGUUUGCUGGCUUGGACGUCUCCCCUUGACUGCACAAGCCCGGGCGGUCGGAUGCAGGGAGACUCCGAGGUUGACAAAGCCGCUGUUUGCGUCGACAAAAGCGGCCACGAAGGCGAGAAGGACCCGCGUGGCAAGCCGGGAGAAGCUGGGAUAGAAAACGAGGCUAUCCCUGUCGUUUUAACCUCUUCGGACACCAGAGGAGUUGAUAUAGUUUCACUUUUAGAUACUCAGCGUCUGAAACGCGACACAAAUCAGACUACUGUAAGCCUGGACGCCACUUCUAGCGGCAAAGAGCAUGUUUAUUGCACUGUCUACUGCAUCGCUGACGACAGCGACCUGGAUGACACUGCUCGUUUCAAGCACCGCGAUGACACUGUAACAACUCAAGAUGAUCGCCACACUACCAGUUCUGAGAACGACUUGGUCCUGUACACUACCGAAGACCUAGUGGACCCCUUGGGGGAGGCAGACCUCCAACGCCGGCUUACAGCACUGCAGACAGGUGCCCGUGCAGCCGAAGUGCAGCGGUGCCGGGUGUGCCUGGAGGAGAAAACAAUCGCACCCUUGCCGUGCUGCAGGAAGCUGGUGUGUGAUGAAUGUUUGACUCUGUACGUCGGCUCCCAGGUGCGAGUGGCCAAGGCUUCCAUCCGCUGUCCCAUCUCGGAGUGCAGCGGCCUGCUGGAGGACACCCUGGUGGUGUCCCACCUGGCCAGCGAGGACGUGCUCAGGUAUCGCUACUUCCUGGAACUGAGUCAGCUGGACUCCAGCACCAAGCCCUGCCCACGCUGCAGCCACUUCACCUCGCUGACCGGGCCCAGCCCCGGGCGCUCGGAGCACAAGUACAAGAUCCAGUGCAGCAACUGCCAGUUUGUGUGGUGCUUCAAGUGCCACGCGCCCUGGCACCACGGCAUCAAAUGCCGCGACUACCGCAAGGGGGACACUCUGCUGAAAAGCUGGGCGAGCGUCAUCGAGCGCGGCCAAAGGAACGCCCAGAAGUGUCCCAAGUGCAAGAUCCACAUCCAGCGCACAGAGGGAUGUGAUCACAUGAUCUGUACGCAGUGCAACACUAACUUCUGUUACCGCUGUGGAGAGCGAUACCGUCAACUCAGGUUUUUCGGGGAUCACACGUCCAACCUCAGCGUGUUUGGCUGCAAAUUCCGAUAUCUGCCCGAUAAGCCCCAUCUGAGGCGGCUAAUAAGAGGCUCCAUCUGUGGCUUGAAGGUGCUGGUAGCGCCGGUGGUCAUUUCACUGGUCCUGGUUUUUGGAGCGCUGGCGCUGGUCAUAGGUGUGAUCGGUUUCCCCAUCUACUACGUGUGCAAGAGGAGGAAGAAGCAGCGCUUGAUGGGAUCCGUUCGGUGGGUCUGAUGUCGGCCGCGCAGAAGGAGCAUCUCCUCAGGGACACGUCGCACCCACGCUACCCGGACCACUGCUCGCAAUUAAGUCAUUUUUUACUUGUCCUCAUGACAGGAAGUUGCAGUUUUGCACAAAAAAAAAAAUUUAAUCCACGCUUGACAUCUAUCGGAUCACGUUGGAUGAGUUUGGAUGGUUUGUUUGCACCUGCACACCUGAUUGAUUGACGUUGGGAUGAGGUGGGAGUGUGUUGACACGGCAGGAAGCGAACGCACUGAUAAGCACUGGUGGACACAAGAUUGGAUAAAAUGGAGAAUUUUGCAAAAACACACAUUAAUGCUGAUGAAUAAUUCAUGCCACAUUUUUAAAUAUCUGCAAGCUUUUUGUGCUUACAUUGGAAAGUGAUGAUACUAGAAGUUUCCAUGAGGAUUGGAGUGCAAAUAUUAAGGAUGCAGUGUGUGUGUGUGUGUGUGUGUGUGCCCUGAGUGCCCACACAGUGCAUGUCAGCAUGUGCAUCAUCAGAAAAACAAAACCAGACAGUCAGCUUGUUGCACCGUGCCAAAACAAUCCUGCCUGAACAUUGCAGGCUCAAUCAAUCUACACUUUUUUUUUGGAAUCACGGCUCAGAUGGGAUUUCCAUGUCAGGAUUUUUUUCUUAUUGCCAAAGAAAACGCUGGAUGUUUAGGUACUUCGCUACCAAAUAACAACCCUUGCCACUGGCUGAUGACAGCAUUGUCCUUGUAAGAUGAAAACCAACCUCUGCUAUAUUUAGAUCCACAGGUGUGGAUGAUGGAGGAAAUGCAAUACCAUUCCACCUUUAUGGAUAUAUGACUUCCUUACAGAGAAAGCAAACUGUUAGAAUAAAUAUGAGGGCCACAAUGAAAAGAAACAAAUCAUUUUGUGUGCACUUGCUUAAUAUUCACAGAAAAAAUUGUAAGCUAAAACACCUUUUAGGUUUUUGGUGCAGAAUAUGAAAGAAUCUUGAAAUUAUUAUGAGGCAAAAACGUUCAAAUGAAGUCACCAGAAUAACGUUACAAAAUGGUACAAUAAAGAAAACAAAUGGGGACAUUGAAAGAAAGUUGUAAUGUUGCAAACAAAAAAAGUUAUGUUAUGAAAUUGUUGUGACAUUACAGUGGAGUUGGAAUGUUAAAGCAACGUAUGCAAUAAUUUAGUCAUAAUGUUACGAAAAAGGCUGUAUUGUUACGAGAACAGAGGAGUGGUAAUAUUACUAGAGUAAAGCCGUAAUACCAAAUAUUGUUGUAAUGUUAUGAAAACUGUCAAUCUGGAAUACUGUCGUGAUGCUCCAAACAUAAGUGGUGAUGUUACGAGAAUACGGUUAAUGGACAUUUUGCGGUUAACAUGUCUAAAGAAUAAAGUCGGGAUUUUAUUAGAAACAGCGAGUAACAUUUGAAUGAAGUUGUUGGUGUUGCGAGACAAAAAGUCGUAAUACUACGAAAAAAAAGGUUUGGGUGCCACAACAAUAGAGUCGUAAUUUAACGAAAAAAGUUGGUAAGAUUGCAAUAGGGUUGUUGGUGUCGCGAGACAAAAAGUCGUAAUGCUACGAGAAAAAAGGUUCGGGUGCCACAACAAUAGAGUCGUAAUUUAACGAAAAAAGUUGGUAACAUUGCAAUAGGGUUGUUGGUGUCGCGAGACAAAAAGUCGUAAUGCUACGAGAAAAAAUGUUCGGGUGCCACAAGAAUAGUCGUAAUUUAACGAAAAAAGUUGGUAACAUUGCAAUAGGGUUGUUGGUGUCGCGAGACAAAAAGUCGUAAUACUACGAGAAAAAAGGUUCGGGUGCCACAAGAAUAGAGUCGUAAUUUAACGGAAAAAAGUUGGUAACAUUGCAAUAGGGUUAUUGGUGUCGCGAGACAAAAAGUCGUAAUACUACGAGAAAAAAUGUUCGGGUGCCACAACAAUAGAAUCGGAAUUUUACAAAAAAAGUUGAUAACAUUGGAAUAGAGUUGUUGGUGUCGCGAGACAAAAAGUCGUCAAAAAGUUACGAGAAAAGAUGCGGUUGUGUGUGUCACAAAGGUAAAGUCGUAACUUUACGGCUUUAAGUUGAUAACAUUGGAUUAAAGUUGUGAUGUUACUACGACAGCCACGUUACGAAAAAAAAAGCAAUCAUGCCGCGAGAAUUAAGGCAGAAUAGUACAAAUAAAAAUGUUACAAGAAUAACAUCGUCCGUCGGUUUAGUUUAUUAUUGAUUGUUUAUAAGUGAUGACUUUUCACAAAAUAUUCAAUUUUGUUGUGUUAAUAUUUUUUUCCGCCAAUGUGACUCUAUCAGAAGGAUGUUUUGUCAGAAUAUGUUCGGUGUCACGUGACUGUUUCAGGCCAAUCAACGUAAAGGUUGCUAAUUUGUAUUGGCUGGCUGUUAUACUUGACUUUUUUUUAACACAUCACGUUUGAAAUGUGCCUUAUAACUGCUAACAACAAAGCAAUGUAUCACACCUGUUGAUCAUGUGCUGUCAAUGGAAAGACUAUUAUUAUUACUGUAUUAUUAUUAUUAUUAGAUACGGGGUAAUAAUGUUAAUAGUACACACUUCACAGGGUAAAUAUUAUGUACAACAUUCAGUUGUGCUCUCAGAUAUCUAUCCAGUAACACCACCCAGGGUCUCAGCUGCAUCCCAAAUGUGUAUAAUUGUUCUUUUGCACAUAUUGACCUACCCAUGGCGGGAAAGGAGACAUUUCCAAGUACAGUACUGUAGAUGAAUGUAAAUAUAUACACUAGAUUGUGGUCACGAGGAUACUGCACCGUGUACGCAUUCUUCUUCAUAUUUAGGGGACUGCUCACUCCGUCUAAUGAAGUUUAUUUAAAAUGUGGCUGGAGAAAGAAUAAAGUGAAGUU